AUGCCCGCAGAACGCGAGGAUGAGAUCUGUCGCAAGGCGCUGGAGCUGCUGUCGGACCUGUGCUCCAGGGGGGAGGUGCAGGACGACCACUGCCUGGACUUCACCUACUACUUCCGGGACCUGGCCAGACCCAGAUACACGGACUCAGAUGUGUCGGUGAGUCUGUUGUCUCUGCUCGUCACCACCUGUGGUCUGGCGCUCUUCAGCGUCUCCCUCUUCGUGUCAUGGAAGCUGUUCUGGGGGCCGCUGAGUGGCCGUUUCCUCCCAGAUAUCCUCAAGGGGGCGCACUUCCUGGGAGGAGACCAGCAGCCCGUGGACGGGGAGGAGAGGGAGUACAGCGAGGAAUGCUGUAUGAAGGAGUCCUCGGGGAUUCCCUCGGCCGUGGCGGUCCCGGGGUCGGGCCUGAAGAUCAGCCAUACAUCGCCCGACAUCCCGCUGGAGACCCAGACCAAGGUGGAGAGGAACCAGGUCCACACUCUGGCGAGGGACAGGGUCCAGAGACAGAUAACUGAGCCUACCUCGUCUGUACGGCACAACUCCAUCCGCCGGCAGAUGAACUUGUCCAACCCGGACUUCAACCCUGCUCAGUUCCAGCGCCAGGAGUCUCUGUCUGGUUUGGGCCGAAUCAAACCAGAACUCUACAAGCAGCGUUCGGUGGAUGCUGAAGACGGGCGUCACUCCGGCGCCUGCGGGCUGAUCCAUUUCAUCCUGAAGUUCGACUUCGACCUGGAGCAGCUGAUCGUGAAGAUCCACAAGGCACAGGACCUUCCUGCCAAGGACUUCUCAGGGACCUCCGAUCCUUACGUCAAGAUCUACCUGCUGCCUGACCGCAAAACCAAGCACCAGACCAAGGUGCACCGCAAGACUCUCAACCCGGUGUUCGACGAGGUCUUUCUCUUUCCCGUGGCGUACACGGAGCUGCCGAGCCGGAAGCUGCAUUUCAGCGUUUACGACUUUGACAGGUUCUCACGCCACGAUUUGAUUGGCCAAGUGGUGUUGGACAACUUCCUGGAGCUUGCCGACUUUCCCCGGGAGACUAAACUGUGCCGAGACAUACAAUACGUAACCUCGGACAACGUGGACCUGGGAGAGCUGAUGUUCUCGUUGUGUUAUCUCCCCACUGCCGGCCGGCUCACCAUCACCAUGAUCAAAGCCAGAAAUCUCAAAGCCAUGGACAUCACCGGGGCCUCAGAUCCGUACGUGAAGGUGUCUCUGAUGUGUGAAGGCCGGCGGCUGAAGAAGAGGAAGACGUCCACCAAGAGGAACACCCUGAACCCGGUGUACAACGAAGCCAUCGUGUUCGACGUUCCUCCGGAGAACAUCGACCAGAUCAGCCUGCUCAUCGCCGUCAUGGACUAUGAUCGCGUCGGACACAACGAGGUGAUCGGAGUUUGCCGAGUGGGCAACGACGCUGAGAGUCUGGGACGAGACCACUGGAGCGAGAUGCUGACGUACCCGAGGAAACCCAUCGCUCACUGGCACCAUCUCAUAGAGGUACGCCCCCCUACAGUGGCCGGGAGCGGAAGCCAAGGAGGAUCCACCACUUCACUGAAGACGCCACCGUCACCAUGA